AUGGUAAUCUGGGAGGACCUGAGGAGCUGGCAGUUCUGGAAGGCAGUGUUGGCUGAGGGCCUGGGCACCCUGAUCUUUGUAGGGGUGGUACUUGGGGCCUCUUGCCCUAGCAGGGGCUCUGUUCCAGGCAUAACCCCAGAUCCCCUACAGCCAGCCCUUGCAGGCGGGUUGGUAGUAGUGGCCUUGGUGCAGGUUUUAGGGGAGGUCAGUGGAGCCCAAACCAACCCAGCUCUGACCUUGGCGCUGCUUUGUGCUGGACGACUUGAUCUGCUCAGGGGAGCUGCCUUUAUCCUGGCACAAAGCACAGGUGCCAUUCUGGCCUCUUCCAUUUUCUACCUGGCACUGCCCCAGACUGCUGUAGUUCAGCUUGUAACCAGGGUAAGCAGUGGAAGUCAUGCAGGCCAAGCCCUAGGUAUGGAAUUUUUCUCCACCUUCCAGCUCAUUCUCACUGUAUUUGCCGUUACCAACCAGCAGCAACAGAGAGACACAGGUGGGCUGGGCAGUCUGGCUAUGGGCUUUUCAGUGACUGCGGGGACACUGGCUGCGGGAACUUUCUCUGGAGGCAGUAUGAAUCCGGCCAGGUCCCUGGGGCCUGCUGUGGUGACUGGGAUCUGGGACCAUCAUUGGGUGUACUGGAUGGGUCCUACCCUAGGUGCCAUUCUUGCAGGCCUCUCCAUUGAGUUUCUCUUCUCAUCAGGAGCUUCUCAGAAAAAGCUUGUCGUCUGUGGAACCUGUCGUGAUGUGGAAAUGGUGGAGGCUGCCAACAUGUCCCACUCUUCUAUCUCCACUGCCACACAGCAUCUACCACCACGCCCUCAGUCCCACCCCAAGCCUGAGCACAACUGA